AUGGAAAAGAAACAACAGAUACAAGCACAGGGAAAUACCCUCUCGAAUAUCCCUGAAGUCAUCGAUCCAGGUGUUACUAUACCUAUCUAUGAAGAAGAUAUAAAAAGUUCUGGUAAUCAAAAUGAUCAACAAAAAUUAGGCUCUUAUAGAGCUCGUACUGGUAAAAUUUCAAAUACCUUGAGCAACCUUUUGCCAUCUAUUAGUGCAAGACUGCAUCAUUCAAAAAAGAAAUCAUCUGGUAAAAAUAGUGAUUCAGAAACCCAAAGUAAUGGUAGUUCUGAUGUCCUUGUAGAUUUAAGAGAUAUGCAAGCUACAUUACCAAGAGGUAAAACUACAAUUACAAGUAUGAGUGCACCAGGUGUACCACUAGCGAGUUCAAGUUCCAUCAUUUCUUCCCAAGAAUUGGACAGUUUAGUUAACUUCCCAGAUGCGACAAGCUUUUUUUUAGAUCAAUCUAGAAACUCAACUGACUCGUAUGCAUUAGAUGGUUUUAUCCCACAAACAGUCUCAAGAUCAAGAAAUAAUACAAUGUCUUCACAAAUCACUUCUUUGUCCUCAGUAAUGCAACAGCAAACUGUCCCUGCAAGUACAAUUUGGUCAAAUAAUCCCAAUUCAAACAUAGUCGAUACAAAUAGUUCUCAUUUUACAAAUCCUGUACCUUCACACUAUUCAACAACUACUUCUCAUGAUACUAUAAGUAAUAUUGAUAUGCCUGAUAAUCAAAUCGAAAAUAAUCCACAACUAAUGAACAGAACUAACAAUGUGCAUAUAUUUCCAAAUUCAUCUAAUUAUUAUGAACAUGCAGCAAAUAGUUCUCCAAAUUUAAAUACUUUGUCAGUUCCUAACUCUUCAUGGGCAAACACCGGUGGAACAAUAAAUAGACAAAGAGCUACUUCAAAUGCUUCUAGUAUUUAUAUUGAUGCCACGUAUGACCAACAAUCCCAGAGACAAAGGCAAGCAACUUUCUCAUCCACUCAGCAACCACAGCAACCACACCCACCCCUUGUCGCUGAUGAUAUUGAUCCAGUCUCUAUCAACUGGGUAACGAUGGAUCCAUCAGUUCCUCCAAUUAAUAGAAUCACAAACUUGCUACCAACUGAUACAAUUUCUAUCUCCAACGUUUUCUCUUUGCAACAACAACAAGCACAUUUGAUAAAUACAAUAAACUUGACUAGUACCUCCUUAGCAACGCUGUGUUCUAAGUAUGGUGAUGUUGUUUCUGCAAGAACUUUGAGUGGGUUGAAUAUGGCAUUAGUUGAAUUCUCUUCUAUUGACGCCUCAAUGAAAGCAAUGGAUGAUUUACAAGGUAAGGAGGUUUCCAUGAUGGGAGCACAAAGUUCUGUUUUCUUUGCAAAAAUAUUGCCAAUGCAUCAACAGCAAGUUAACUUGCCAUCAAACAAAACAUUUUUGGCAUCCGAAACAGCUAACCAACCUUUAUUACAUGAACAAUUAUACAAUGGUUCCCUGACAUUUCAGCAACAGGGUAAUCUUUCAAUCCCUAUUUUCAAUCAAAAGCAACAACAGCAACAACAACAAACGAAUAUAAAUUCCAAUUUUAACCAUUCUAGUACCCAUAUAUCUACAAAUGAGAAAGAAUUAUGUCCAUUUCCUUUACCUCCGCCUACUUUUGAAGCAAGAUCUGAAGAAUUGAAGGAAAUGGUUUCAACCUUUAGUUGUGAAUAUGAUUCCUCCAGAUCUGAUUACAUCAUUAAUAAUGCUUUAAAUAAUAAAUCGAGUUCUGAUACCAAUAAUUUUGGACCAUUACCUGAACAUUUAGCAAGUAAAGAAUUUGAUGCUCCAAAGCUACGUGAACUUCGUAAGAAUAUUGAUGCAGACCAACUCUCAAGCCUAGAAAUUGAACAACUUGCGAUGGUAAUGCUAGACGAAUUGCCAGAAUUAUGUUCUGAUUACAUUGGUAACACUAUUGUUCAAAAAUUAUUCGAACAUUCGUCUGACAUCAUUAAGGAUAUCAUGUUACGAAAGACUUCUAAAUACCUAACUUCUAUGGGUGUGCAUAAAAAUGGUACCUGGGCUUGCCAAAAAAUGAUAACAAUGGCUCAUAGUCCAAGGCAAAUUAAAUUGGUUGCAAAUGGUGUCAGAGAUUAUUGCACACCAUUAUUCAAUGAUCAGUUUGGUAACUAUGUUAUUCAAUGUGUUUUGAAAUUUGGCUUCCCAUGGAACAAUUUUAUUUUUGAAAACAUCUUAUCAAACUUUUGGGUAAUCGUACAAAGUAGAUAUGGUGCUAGAGCUGUCAGAGCUUGUUUGGAAGCAACGGAUAUUGUAACCAAAGAGCAGACAUUAAUAUUAAGUGCAACCAUUGUAUUAUACGCUGAUUAUUUGACCACCAAUAGCAAUGGUACUUUGUUGGUGACUUGGUUCCUAGAUACGUGUUCGUUAGCUAAUAGAUACACAAUUUUGGCAUCGAGAUUGGUUAAAAACAUUGUAGAAUUAGCAUGUCAUAGACUAGCUUCAUUGACAAUUCUAAAAAUGCUGAAUUAUCGUGGUGAUGAUGAAUCAAAAAUUAUUAUUUUGAAUUCAAUUUUUGGAAAUAAAGAAACUGAAGAACCAACUGAGAAUUUACGUUUGAUUUUAUCUGAUUCGAAUUAUGGUCAUACUUUUGUUUAUAAAAUUCUUUCAAUGGCUACUUUAGAUCCAGAAUUAAGAUCACAUGCUGUAAAAAUGGUUCGUUCCAUUUUACUAGAGUCUACCUCUUCUCAUCACCAUCAUAGAUUGAUGGAGGAAGUUGGUCUUUCAUCAAUUGUAGCUCAAUCACCUAGUGCUACAACCAGACAUCAUCCAACUGCUUCUCAUUCAUUUAAUCAAGAUGUCGCUAAUCAUAUGAGACAAGUCUCUACUUCGAGCAUUUUAAGCAAUGGUUCAAGACAAAAUGGAACUGGUAGUGCGGCUGCUGGGACUUCAAUCCCUACAGUAAAUGUAACACAAGCACCAAUACAAGGAGGUUCAGUUUCUGGAGCUGGAUACUUUAAUUAUCCGGGUAUGUUUCCUGGCGGGUAUAAUAAUGGAGGUUCAAGCAGUAAUAAUGUUUUCAAGGGAAAUGAAGAUUUUAGUUCUCAAUUUGAUAUGUUAACCUUAAAUAAUGGUACCAUUUUAUCUUUACCAAAAUUAAGUUUGACUAACUAUAAUAGUAAUACUUCAACUUUAGAUCCAACUAAGAGUAAUACCUCUAACGGAUAUGGUUACUAA